AUGGAGAAGGAGAGGCGUGCAGCGGCUGCCGAUGCUGCAGCUGCUGCGGCCAAAGUGCCGCCGCCGCCACUCCCAUUGCCACCGAACCUCACAGUGGCACAGCUGCCAAAGCUGCUCCGCCCAACCGGAAAGCGGUUUCAAGCAGCGAGAGGACAUGACGCUGAGCCUGAUGGGACGCGUGUCACGACGGAGGUGACAGAGCCACCUGCAGCGGCAGACGAAGCGGCAGGCAGCUCUUCGCAUGGACUGGCGGCCACGGUGGGAGAGCUCUCAGGUCAGAACAGAUCUGGAUCUGACUCCUGCCCCAGACAUAGCCCCAGCCACUGCCCACAAGCAUCUGAGAAUUCGGGCUCCGACCUGAAGCAGGAGUCGGAGACGCAGUGCGACCGCGAGCUCCCCCCGAGUCCGUCGCACCCAACUCAUGGCGACAGCCACAUCGCUGCAUCACUUGUGCCACAGCAGGCUCCGCCGGAGGUGUGCCUUCUCAGUGAACCUGCGCCGGAUGCACCGGAGAUCUCGGACGACCCAUCCAUCCAGGCGAAGCCAGACAUCCAGCUUGCUGAAGCAGUGUCGCAGAUCCUGAGCGAUGUUGGUGCGCUCUCAACAGAGUGCAAGAGGCUGUUCAAAGAUACCUGUGCAUCGGGAGACUGCGAAGCAGGAGAACUCGUAGAUGCAGAGCAGCUGCACAAGCUGACGCAGAUGCUCAUAGAUCGGUUUGGCUGCACUUCCCCCGCCACGCUGGAUCGCAUCGGUCACGUCUAUGUGGCAGCCACCUCUGGCAGACUAGAACAAGGAUUACCGGAGCUGGAGUUCCGCGGGUAUGUGGCCGCAGUGUUGACCCAAAUACUCCAAGACUUGGAGCGAAGAUCUGUCACAACAUCGGAGGAGGAGAAGGCGUCGGAAGCCACCGGUGCCGAAGAGUCAGACAGCUUCAGCAUGGUGGAGUCGCUGCAAGGCUGGUUGGCGCAGCUGACGUCGUCAUUUGCCUAG